AUUUAAUAUAAAUCAUCCUACGGAACGCACCGGUUGCGGACGCACGCCUGGCCAACCGCUUGUAGCUGUUAGUCAUUAGUUAGUAGUCUUCACGGUUUUACCAUUUUAAUAUGAACAUUGGAAUUUUCUAACGUCAAGAUGUGCUUCCAAAUGUCGACACCCGAAGGGUCGUCCGAUGACGAUCCUGAUGACGAGCGUGGUCGGAGUUCCAACAGUUCGCAAGAAGCUGAUGAUGAUGAUGACUCUGACAACUUAACAUAUCGCCAACAUAAAAUAAUUAAGCAGCCUUCUCUAAAUCGUAUUCCAAGAAUGUCAACUAUGGAGUCUGGAAUGUCACCACCAAAUGAAGCAACACCGUUGCCCAAACAGCAACAUCAGCCACCAUUAUCACAGUUUGUAUCAUCACCGUUGAAUGCUGACUCAGCCACUGCUGAUGUAGAAACCGAAAAAACGAAAAAACUUUUGGAAUGGGAGCUUUCAUCGUUGGAAGCGGAUGACUUGCGAUCGCAUGCCUGGUAUCAUGGUCAACUGGUGGACCGGAACGAGGCUGAGCGGUUAUUACGUCAGUGUGUCUCCGAAGAGUAUGGUUCUGUUACUGCAAAUGACACGAUUUCUCCUCCAAACAAUUCUACUGCUACUGCCACUAUAGGCUCUUCAUUAUUACAAGAGCAUGCCGAAGAAGACACUAGUGAUUCGGAUGGAAUGGAAGACGUCAGCAGUGAGAGCAGUGAAGCCAAUUUCGGUGAUGACUCCUUGGACGAACGUGGCAUGGAUCCGUCCGUAGCCACGUCAACCACGAUGGCUGCGGCUCUGCAGUUGCCGAUUAAAAGACCCAAGCGGCCUCGCCGACCUCGGCGGCACUUCUAUUGUUUUUUAGUUCGAGACAGCUUGAAUGUCCGGCCACCAGGUCGAUACGUUGUGUCGUGUCUGCGGGUUGACAAUUACGAAGACUUCGAGACUGGGGACAAAAACAAAUCCCAACGCUGUCGUGAUGAUCAGCGACGGAAGUUUCGCCGACAACAACAACGGAGACAGCGAAGGCAACAGAGACAUCCUGUGUUGCAUUUUGUCGUGAAUGAGAUAAUCCUGCAACCCGGAACAGUAUAUGAGCGUUCACAAUUCAGUUUUGGGGAAACCUUACCAUCUCUGACUACCGCUAUUUCAACUGCAGUGGUGAACAACAACGAUCAACGGCAAUUUCAGCCGGGAUUUGAUAGUGUGCCCGAUCUGAUCAGGUACUAUGUUGGUGGUGCUGAUGACAAUGCCGUACUUUCUUAUGGAGGUGGGAACGAUGGUGUUGUGAGUAGUAGUAGUAUGACACUUUCUCGGACAGCUCAAACUGAUGUACGGAUUCGGUAUCCAUGCAACAGGCGUCGCCCACUGAUGAUAGACUACCCGUUGGCUGAAGCGACAUCUCCAAAUAUUUCCCCGAUUACGAUGGAAAAUGCUCGGUUGAUGCAACAACAUUGCAGUGGAGUGAUUGCGCUUUCCGCCCACAGUGAACGACAACGAGUAUUAUCCACUUCUCCUGGUGGGGAAAUAGAAGCGUCAACUUCAUCUCAGAAUACAAAUCAUCGACAUCAUUCACCAUCGUCACCUACUCAAACUUCAAAAUGGAUGCGCAUGCAUUGUGCAUCUAAUUCGUUAAUCCGAAGAACUCCUUCAGCGACCGUAACAUCCGAAAUGGUUACAUCAGCUACGUCUUUGAUGCCUUCUGCAGCAGAAGGAUCGGCAAAUCAAACUCAGUCACAACCAUUGACAUCCCCUUGCCCCCCAAUAAUUGAUCCACACUUGCCAAUCAAUAGCACCACAAUAUUAUCACCACAAGGUAUAUUAAUGACAACUAUACCGCGUACGGCAACUUCACCCGAGAAAAUCUUUAUAUCUAGGCCAACGCGUUUGAAACCAUUCUCAUCAACAGCAAAGGCCAUAUCAAUUACUCUACCGGGCCAACCACAAUCAUCUUAUCCACCUCCUUCAACCUCCGGUUCAUCAUCGUCAUUAUCAUCUGAACGUCCUUCAACUUCGGGGUCAACGCCAUUAUCGUUCCAAUCAGGUUUAUCGCCACCACAAUCGCUCGCCUCGAGCAGUACUCCACACUUGACAAUCUCUGAUUUAUUAUCAUCACCAUCAUCUUCAAUGGACUCACCGAGAAUUUCACAGAGUUUAUCAAGGGUUAAUUCAUUAAAUCGUGAAUUAAAUGAACCGUCGCCGUUCAGUGUUUCCAGCAUUACUACGACGGAAACGAAUGAGAGUGUACCAACACCCGCCAUCAAUAGAGAUCCCCCUUUAACACGACCUUCACGCAGAGAUUUAAUCACUGCGCAGGUGGCUCGUAUUAUGAACCAUCCUAUUCAGAGAGCAAUAUUGUCACCAUUUGUUCAAGUAAGGGUACGCAAUGGCUAUCGGUCUAUGCUGAACAGGAUGUUACAACCUGAGCAUGUAAGUCAACCAAGAAUUUUUAAUGGUUCUCCGAAUAUGAGUUUAUCAGGAAUCAAUCGCCAUGAGUACGAUGGCCCCCGGAAUGGAUCAGCAAGCAAUUUGAUUCAGCCCGAAAGACGUCAAGUUCCUAGUAAUAGCCAGAAUACAUCCUCAGAAAAUGAGAAUGAUGACGAGGAACGAAUGGAGCAUCAAUCCUCGUCAUCCAAUUCUUCUUCCAUUUCAACAUCCACGUUAAAGGAUCAAGAAAUAGGGCGAAAUGGCGAUGGACACAGGCAGAUAACGGACCAUCAGAAAGUAGAACACAUUGUAGAGGAACCCCCAAAAAAUGAGCGGCAAUGCACAGGCAGACAGGAUGUAAAUUGCAAAAAAAAACCUCAGGUUGAGGAGGUCCAAGAGGUUGAGAUGAGGAAAAAAAGUGUAGAAGAAGAGCACACACCUGAUGAUCUAGUUGAUUUAAAAGAAGAUCAAAAACAAAGUGAUGGGCAGAGAUCUUUGGAUCCAGAUUCCAACGUAGAAAAAUCAUCGGAAGCAUCUGAAAAUCAGAAUUUUCGGAAAUGCCGCACUCGUUGGACUAACACACUGCGUCAAGGGUUAGUUGACAUGCUGGAACAGCCACAUUUGGAUUACCAGAAUCGACAACUGACUCGAAUUACGGGGACACAAGACUGUGAUCCCCGACAACGAGGUUCGCGGCAAAUAGAUCAGACGCUGAUUGAAGACCAAGAGAUCGACCAUACGACAGAGAGUAUGGAGACGGAACUGCAUAGAAUAUUACUAGACACAGAAACCAGACAACUAGCAAGUUUAACUAAUCAAAUAGGUCGAGCGGUCUCAGUUCCCCCAGCUCAAACACGUGCCACUCGAAAUUCUAUUAGGUUAUCAAAUAAUGACUUAGCUGAAAACAUGAUUAGGCAAUGGGUAGGUUUACAAAGAAUUUCAAAUCGAAGUAGAAGCUCCGAAGUAAAGGGAAUACACAAUCGAAGCCGAAUACCUCUAAUCGAACUUUUGCCACGUAUUCGGCGGCAACGGUGGCAGAAUAAUAGACUUGUGACCGUUUUGCGAAACCCCCAGCUGCCUGCAGAGGACGAUUUUCAGUCGUCGGGGGAGUACCUUAGAGGACACGUGACUCCACCGGGAGGAGUCCAAGUGCGAAUGCAGAUGAAUAUGAAUUAUCCUCAAGUGAAUCGAGGUAUAACUGGUCAUAGUAUCAUUAAUCAGGAGGGUAGAGGCACCCCCGUCGCCAAUGCCGGUCAAUCGAAGACUGUCGAGUCCAAUGCUGACACUUCCAGCCAAAAAAAAGGUACUUGUUCUGUUGGUGUCGGCAGUAUUGGGCGCAAGCUGGCUUGCGAUUACGUAAACAUCAACCCUUUAAUCGAUGACCAUAACAACUCAUUCAAAAAAAGUGGUACUGUACCUUUCAACACUAACGAUCUUGACACGAUCCAUCACAAAAAUUAUCAACACCACGGAUAUAAACACCAAGUCAGCGAACAAAAAAACAAUAAUAACUACAAAAGUUUUGUUGCUAACAACAUCGAAGCAGACGCCGAUUAUGAAAAUAUAAUUACUCAUAACACUGAAGAUACCAAUGAUUUUAAUUACGAAAAUAUAGGUCAAAACAGUGAUGAGAAACGUCAACUAAUUAAUGACUGCAAUGGAGGUAGUACUGCAGUUGCUGCUGCUUUGCGUGCCGUCCACCUGGCGAUAAUUGGUGAUCCUGACGACUACGGUGGAACAACAGUGGGUUCUGCCAGAUUAGCAGCCGCCUUGUGUCGUGCUGAUGGUCGGGCCACCGUACUACCAUAUCGACGAAAUUUUACUGAAAGUGAACAAGUUAGCCCACUUUUGAGUACAUGCCCGCUUCAACUUUUGGGCCAACCAGGACCAGCGGGACGUCGAGCUCGUCUAGAUGUCAUAGAGAGGUUUGCUUGUCUGCAGUACCUAGUUGCAAUGACAGUAAUAGUGACGCCUUGUUUGCUACUAAUUGGCAGUGACAUAAAUGACAAAGAAAAUCUAGCAGAUGAAAAUCUCGAGUGGAGUUUGGAAGAUGAAUACGAAUACCGCCGUCGGCGGUUCUAUUACCGAUGUGCUGGUAUUAGUAGUUGGUGUGUCUCUGAUAACAAUUCCACUUCUGAUGACGAUGACGAGAAUUAUAAACUAACAGCUAAUUCAGAUUUUGACUCUGGUUAUUCAUUGCCACCAAGAGAAGAGUGGGCUAUUGAAAAACGUCACUGGUUGGAUCUUCUGACUAGACAUAGAGCAGCUGCUCUCGAUAAGUGGAUUCGUACGGCAGCUGAUGCCAAACAGGCAGUGGGUGAUGUGUAUGGUUAUCGGGCUCUGAUGUCAGCGCUAUGUUCUGAUAGGAUUCAGUCACUUCAAGAUGCAUGGGCAACUCUUCGUCGAUUACACACUGACACAGCUGUUGCGUUUGAGUCCCGGCUUCGACCCGAGUUUCUGGGCCGCAGAGAAAAAAAUUUAGUGACAGUGUUGGGAAAACCAGGCAUUAAUGACAUCGAUGAUAACGACGUGAAUGAGCUACUGCAGCUUCCGCCAAACGCAACAGUUCCUGAUGCCACAGCACUGGCUGUACUAUAUGAACAUUUGUAUAACGACAAUAAUUUUAAUACGAGUAGUAGCUUCAACACUACUUCCACUAGCUUAAACGAUGUUGGCAGUAACAAGGAAAAAGACCCUAGAGUAUCGUCAUUUUUUACAUCACCAUUGUUACUGUCACCUUCACCGUGGUCGUCUCUCAAUAGUGGUAUAAGUCGUGGACUAGGAUCUUCGGUUGCGUCUGACUACGGACUGAGUGCUCUUCAUGUUCAGUGCAUCCAGUACUCCGAGUGGGUGCAGCAGAGUUACGGUAAUGAUGAUUCUAUAUUAACGAAACCACCUAUGUUACAAUUGGACCGGUUUCGCAGUAACUUCCGUGCACUAUUACAUCAGUAUAGUGGAAGUUGCAUUGAUGAUUAUGACGACGAUGAUGAAAGAUUUAACUAUGUACUCGAUUACAAAGAUGAAAACUUCCAGAAGGAUGAAAAUACUUCCCACCACAAGGAAGUUAACUACAAUCGAAACGACGAAUUUGCAUACGAACGACAGUAUGAAGACAAUAUAGAGAAAUAUGGCACAAGUAGUGCUGAUUAUGAUGAUUGUGGCGAUGACGAUGAUGAUGAUGCUACAGUUAUCUGCUGUAAUAACAGCAGUUCUCUUUCAGCAGUGAGAAGCAUUGCAGUUGAUAGUAUGUGUGAAGACUCACAUGUUGGAGCUAUGGCAACAGAAAAGCGACGACAAACAACAACGAAAAAUGAAGAAUGCCAUCUUUCUCCAGAUCAAGAAGAAGACCGAUUCUAUCGCUGGAUCGAGGAUGUGAGUGUUUAUAGUCCAGGCCCCGCACCGCUGAAUAUUGUGUUCUGCACCGAGCUUCAUGUCCGACUAUUUUGGCCUCCAACUCUUUUCCUUCAAGACGUUAAUGACGACAAAGAUACCGUUGAUCAUAAGUUGGCGAUACCCGCCUACGCGCUAGGCACGACAUACGCUGCGACCGCAACAGCAGCUUACGAUGGUGAAAGCGAAUCUUCUAUCCAUGUGCCACUGGCGUUGGACCUGAAUCAUGUAAUUACUGCACAACUGGAUCAAGCUGCUCAGGAUAUGCGUCUCAGGUACAAAGCCAUGGAUGAUUUUUUGGAUAGAGCAUGUGCCUAUUCGACGUUGCUCGCUAAAGUAGCCUAUGAAGAUAAUACGAUGGUAGGCAAACAACAACAGCAUUGUAUGCUGUCACAGUGUGUUUAGAAGAGCUAUCCUCUUUGACUCCGGGGAAUCUCUAAUAUUGUAGAGGUUAAGUUGUGCUAAUCUACUCCGGAGUAAUAAUAAGCCAAAUAUCGACAUUGUGAAGCUGUAACUAACUAAACAUUAGAAUAUUGCUAGUAUUAUUUCUUGUUUAUUUACUAUAUAUCAUAUAGUAUGUUGUAUAGUAUAUUCAGCUAAGCUAUUUCGAAAAUCAAUUGUAUAUAUAAACCUUUUAGUGUGAUUCACAGAAAUGCAAGGUCGUUAUACAAUUUCUCACUUCCUUUGUGGCAUUGAUCACUGGCGUGCGUCUGCUAUCAUACUCAAGGGUUAUGUUAGGUUAGUUUAUUUUAUAGUUAUAAAUGAUAUACGUGAGUGUACUCAUUAUGGUGGAUUAUUCUAAUUAAACUGCCCAGUGGCUGGGGGUAGUAAGAAUACUGGCCACGGUAAUGAGCGCGACCGGUCGUAAGAGGCGUCCAACACGCUCCUGUGCGCGUCGAACAUCAUUCCGGUGCUGGCGAUUAAAUGCCAAGAUGCUCGGAGCUGCUAAUUAAAAGACGCGCUCAGCUGGCAGCAUAUUUUGUUAAGUUCUAUUGUUUCACAUUAAUUUUAUGGUUUAUUUUUACAUUUUAAAUUUUUUUUAAAGCCUUUGAAUAUUCUGAUUGUUAUUGGGGUAGGUAUCUUUAUAUAUUUAGUAAAGCCCUAAUUAUGAUUAAGCCUUAUCAUCACAGGCUAAACAUAACAUCUAAAGUAGUAAUAAUCUCAUUUGAUCAUUAUAAAAGUUUAGGUAAAAAUAUGUUUAUCAAUUUAAUAAUAAAAAACACAUAUUUCUCAAAAUCUUUCAUUCAAUUUACACAAUUUCUCAUAUUAUUUUCCGUGGUUUAACCGUUGUUAUCUUAUAUUCCAUUUUUUUUUAUUCUAAUAAGAAUUCAUAUUUAUUUUUAUUACACAGGUCUUUAAUAAACAGCACAUUAUAAGUGCAUUCAUUUUUCUUUUAUAUACCUAGGUAUAAGUUAGUCUGUUUAUGAACUGUUAUUUUAAGUGAUGUUUAUGGUUAAGAAUUUUUAGAUUUAAUGUACAUUUAUAUUAUCCAUAUUUUUCUAAAGUUUAAUUUUUUUUUUUUUCUAAGAGGCAAAGGACUGUUAUUUUAAGUACGUAAUUAAGAUUUUAUAAUAAUAUAUAAAAUUAAUGAAGAUGAGCGUAUUUGACGAUAUUAGAAAUACAUUUUAAUGUAGAUUAAUGUAAAUAAAUGUAGACAUAUAAUAUAUUAUAAUUUAAUAUACGUACGACCCCUCGAUAGUUUUGAGUAUAAAUAUAAGUAGGGGGGUUAGGUUAUAAUUUGGGCGCAGUUUAUACCUGAAUUUAUUUAAUUUCGGUUUAGCUAACUAACAUGGAUUAAUAUAAAUAUAAAUAUGUAUAUAUAACAUAGGUUAAUAAACGAUUUAUAGCGUUGGAUAGUCGUGAUUGCCGGACGUUAAAUACUCGAGUCGAGGUUUUGUUUUUUCAUUUUUAUUUUUUUGAUGUACAUGCAAUUGGUUGUUAGGUACUACAAGUAACAACAGUUGCAUGUACACGCCCGCUCGAUAGUUUAAGUUUAAAUAUAAGGAUAAUAUUAGCCGCAGUUUAUACCCGAAAUUUACCCCAACUUUCCAAAUAGCAAAGUGCUGUUCAGAGGACGUCGUACCGUUACGUCUUCUCUACGCUUACUAACGCAUAAUAUAUCAAAAUGUACGUCCAGCAGUUCCAAUUUUGUAUUGUUAGCUUAAAUAAUAAAAUGAAUUAAAGAAGAUUAUCUGUGUUCUCUCGCUGGUAAUGGGCCAAUUCACUCUAAUAUUUAAGCUACAGUACAAAUUCGGAAUUACUGGAUUUAAAUUCGUGUAUAUUUUAUGCGUUAGUAUGACGGAGACGACAUCCUUUUAUAAAUAUUUUAAUUUAGAAAUAAACUUAAAUUUCGGUUAGGCUAACAUGGAUUAAUAUAAAUAUGUAUGCAUAAUUUAGCAUAAUAAAUGCUGUAUAACGUGGUUGCCGAUUGGUUAAUACUCGAGUCGAGGUUUUGUUUUUUCAUUUUUAUUUUUUUGAUGUACAUGCAAUUGGUUGUUAGGUACUACAAGUAACAACAGUUGCAUGUACACGCCCGCUCGAUAGUUUAAGUUUAAAUAUAAGGAUAAUAUUAGCCGCAGUUUAUACCCGAAAUUUACCCCAACUUUCCAAAUAGCAAAGUGCUGUUCAGAGGACGUCGUACCGUUACGUCUUCUCUACGCUUACUAACGCAUAAUAUAUCAAAAUGUACGUCCAGCAGUUCCAAUUUUGUAUUGUUAGCUUAAAUAAUAAAAUGAAUUAAAGAAGAUUAUCUGUGUUCUCUCGCUGGUAAUGGGCCAAUUCACUCUAAUAUUUAAGCCACAGUACAAAUUCGGAAUUACUGGAUUUAAAUGUGUGUAUAUUAUGCGUUAGUAUGACGGAGACGACAUCCUUUUAUAAAUAUUUUAAUUUAGAAAUAAACUUAAAUUUCGGUUAGGCUAACAUGGAUUAAUAUAAAUAUGUAUGCAUAAUUUAGCAUAAUAAAUGCUGCAUAACGUGGUUGCCGAUUGGUUAAUACUCGAGUCGAGGUUUUGUUUUUUCAUUUUUAUUUUUUUGAUGUACAUGCAAUUGGUUGUUAGGUACUACAAGUUACAGCAGUUGCGUGUACACGCCCACUCGAUAGUUUAAGUAUAAAUAUAAGUAUAAUAUUAGCUUACAUAUUAGGUUAUUAGGUAUUAUAUAUUAUAGUGUUAAAUUGGGAAGUAGUUAUGUCGCCUAUUUUAGUUUAGACUUUAAAAUUGUUGCCAAGUUUUCGUACUGGCUGGCUGUAUUUAAUUAAUUAGAUUACGCGUGUGUCCGGGUACGGGUUUUUUUUUCAUUUUUUUUUUCAUGCCCACCGUAGAACGCAUGCGUAAGUGCUAAAGUUUAGUUUUUAAUUUUUUAUUACCUAUUUCAUCAUGAUGUUGUUGAAAUUUGCCACAUCAGCCCGUUUAAGCAUCGUUCAUUUCGUAAAAUAUAUUUAAUACUGUCAUUUAAAUUUGAAUAAGAUAAUAAAAAACUUUUAUAUGAUUUAUCGUUAACGAUAAAUUCCGAUCGUGUAAUAAUUCAUAUUCCAUACAGAAUAAAACUAAUUGUCGAAUAAUUAGCUUGCUUUUCUAAGUUACUUUAUUAUAUUUUUUGUCUAGAGUUUAAAAUUGUGGCUAAGGUUUUGCCCUGGCUUAAAUCAUAAGCAAACACAGUGGAUUAGAAGUCUAACUUAUUUGCAUGUUCCUGGAUACGGUUUUAUUUUAUAUACUCACCGUGCACAUGCAUUUAAGUCCUUUAGUUUAGUUUUUAUUUCAUUUUUUACUUUAUUCAUACUAUUAAGUUUAAUAAU